UUUCUUUAUCUCUUACGGAAUAUAUGUGGGAAAAUAUUUGGAUUAGCAAGAAUGGAAUGUGUAGCUCUUUAACUUUUUCUCUGUGUUAGUCUUACAGUAAAAAUGUUUGUUCCAAAUCACAUGAACCCCAGGCAGUGAUGCUGCCUGUGCCAGCAGAAGAGGCAGUACUUGAAUGAGAGCAGGAGUUGCUGUGUUAGGUCAUUGCACUCCAUGUGAAACAAGAUCCAGCUCAGGGUGGGAUAGAGAAGGAAGGUUCUGCUCCCACACAAGUCAGGAUGUUGACCUGAAAGUAUGUCAGGGAGCUUUGGAUGACUGCUGUCCACCUCCGGGACAGGAUCAACUGGAACUGCAAGAAGAAGAGAAAGACAUAUAUCAAAGCAACAGCAACCAUGGAGAUUCCCUUCUCUCCUUAGAAAGCUGUUUACAGCUUCUGUCAUCGCAGGUGGAAAACAUGCUAGAGGUGAACUUACUGGAAGAUACACAAGUUGCUACUCCUAGUCAAGGCCAAGACCCAUCAUCCUCACACCACAAUAUAAAUUUGACCCAGACAUUUCAGAACAGUUUCAGUCCUCCUGAUGCCAUGCUACUAAGAACAGACUACCCCACUCAAUUAAAUUCAAAACCAAGACUCUUACAAAGGCAAGAGUUUUUCCCUCAAUCAAGCUCUGAUAACACAAAUUCAGAAUCACCAUUUCACGGGUCAAAUUUGACAGGGCUGUUUUCAGUUGCUGACCUUAGAAAUCUAACAGCCCAUGAUGAUAAUAAUUUUGAUGAAAUUAAGCUCAUGUCUUUGGCUUUGGAGGAAGGCUUUAGUCCUAUAGAAGUUUCCCAGAUCUUUGAAGAGCCUGGCUCAGAUUCAGGACUAUCUUUGAAUUCAAAUCACAGCACCACCUCUUACUCAGUCUGCUAUGAAGGUUCUGUUGGAUACAGCAGCAGUAUUAAAUCUGCUCCUUCGCAUGGCUUAGGAGCUGUUGGUGGCCAUUGCCAAGAAAAGAUUAAGCACAGCCUUGUGGAAUAUCCAGGUGUUGCAGAGCGUUCUACAGAAGUUCUUCAGCAGUUUCUCCAUAAUCACACUUAUAAUCAGCUGCCAAAUCAAGCAGCAUCUACUCUAGAGCAUCAUCAACAGAUGUGGAUGAAGAAAUCAAAUGAAGUAAAGGAUAGGUGCUACAAUUCUACUGCUACAAACCGGAGCAGGGAUGAAUGUCAUGCAAAGGCUCUGAGAAUACCAUUUUCAGUCGAGGAAAUUGUGAGCAUGUCCGUUGACUCUUUCAACACCAUGCUAGCACAGAACCAGCUGACAGAAACUCAGGUAUCACUUCUACGUGACAUCAGACGAAGAGGAAAAAACAAGGUAGCUGCCCAGAAAUGUCGUAAACGCAAACUGAAUGCAAUUCUUAACUUGGAAGAAGACGUGUGUAAUCUUCAAACACAAAAGGAGAGCCUUAAAAAGGAGCACUCCCAGUGCAGCAAAUCAAUCAACCAGAUAAAGCAAAAAUUAAACAACUUGUACCAUGACAUUUUCAGCAGACUGAGGGAUGACCAGGGUCGACCUGUUAACCCACGCCAAUAUGUCAUUCAUUGCAGUAGCAAUGGUAGUGUUUUCAUAAUACCCAAGCACUUGGCCAAAUCUGAACAGAACCAAGAUAACAGAAAAGAGUAGAAACAAAAGUAAGAUGACUGGAGAUCACCUCAAUCACUUUUGCCUGAAAGCAUGAUAAGAGUACUUGUGUGAAGACUAAGGGUCAGUGAUUACAGCAGUUCAAACAGAAACAACUACACUUGAGGAGAAACACUCUAUAUUCAAGGGUCUGGCAAACUCAACCAUGGUCUGUUAGAAGGUCCUUGAGCUGAGGCUUCUGGAUGAGGAAAUCUGUUUAGUUUUAGUUAGAAUUGAAGGAGCUGGACCAUGAGUGUAGUGCAGCUUUAUAGACCGAUGUUAAAACUAGCAAUUUAGUUACUGGGAGAACAUCAGUGAGGGAUGAAAGUCAAUUUUGGAUCAAUGUUACACAUGCAAAAAAAUGUUUUAGUCUUGAAUACCUGACUGUUUAUACAGAAAAUGACCUUAUUUUAUUCUCUAACACUGAAAGAAAAAAUAUAGUUCUAGUGCGUCUUCAACUUAAAUUACCUGUGGAUUUACAAAGGCUCAAGAGGUAACUGCAUGCUUUGCAUUUAUUCAGAACGGCUCUGCUUUUCCUGGUUUUCCUUUGAGAGCAGUCGAGGAGGCUACUGCAUUUUUCCUCACUACUUUCAGCAUCAUAACUCCAAGCAAAGAUGAUCUGCCACUUAGUUUUACAACUCAUACACUCAAUCUGCAAAUAUGCUGAAAAAUACUGUCCGAUUCAGUAUUUUCUUACCUUCACCCUCUGCAACUAAGUAAUUCUCAAGUUUUUUCCACAAAAAUGACCAAUAGUGAAGGAGUUCUGUUUAUUAGUGACUGUGAUAUUUAUUUGUGUGCCUUCCCUUUUCCUCCCAUUUUGACACCUUCCUCAAGAAGUACUUGUGUUUUUCUCUGUGGCUUUUUAAACUGAUAUUUUUAAAAUGUCUUAAAUGUUCCAGAUUUAAUUUUUUAAAAUACACAUUUUACUUAGUCUUUAAAAUAAAUUGAACCAAAUUACUAAUUAUCUAUACUUGUAAUUACAAGGUUACACUCUGAUAGUUCUCCAAAUAAAGGUUUUUGGUUUGACAUUUAUUUGUGCCCUUAGAAAGGAGAAGUUUUAUUCACUUACAUACUUACAACAUCCUAUCCUUUCAGACUAGUUUACAGUCUGAAAAAGGUCUGCAAAAGAGAUGGCUUAAAAGGCCUGUAAUGAAUGAUAAGGAAGGAAUAUUGAGGUAUAUUAUUAUGAAAAUAACUACUAAUAUUAAUUUCUAGAUAACAAAUACUUCUUGUUAAUUUUAUAAUUAAAACACAUAAAACUGGUAUUUAAAAAGUUCUCAUUGGUCAUGGCAUGAUUACAAUGGACUGAACUUACAUUCAGGUAUAUUAAAAAUAUCACUUGUACCAAUCCAUAAUAACUACACAUAAAAGCUUAAAUGCCAAAUUAUACCUGCUGAUGAAGCAAACUGCCAGUAGCAUGGAAGUCACAUUAGCUGUUUGCACUUAUCUGCAACAAAACUGAUACUAUCAAGUGAUAUUUUCUGAAAAGAGAGCCCUAAGUGCCAAGUGCACUGAAUUAUCAAUAAUGAAAUCAGCCUUUUUGAACAAUUUUCUCAGCAUUUUCUAUUAAAGGAUUUAUUUAAGUAAAUGCGUAUAUGCGUUCUUUAUUGGUUUCACCAGUCUCAAAUUGGUAAGUGGAAAUUCAUAGCAGAAAGUCUCAUUCCUGAGGCUAUGCAAUUUCUUGCUGUUGGUUAAGCACCAGUGUGAGACACAUCUAGCCUAACUGGUGUCCACAAAGGAUUUGUUUACUUGCUAGACCACAAACUCCAACCAUAACAUGCAAUGGGUAUCAGAUACAUUAUGAUGAAUUGUGAACUUUUUUUCUAGUGUAGAGGAAAAAUGAAGUACAUAUUUAAGUCAGAAUGAUCAUAAUCAAUUAAAUGACAUAAUAAACAUUUUAAAAUUCAUGCACUUACCCUUUGCAGGACAAGGUCUUUAAACCUACUUCACUGCUCAUGUGCAUAAAUUCUGAUAGCUGAUACAUUACGCUCACAACUGAGAAAUUCAGAAAGCCAAGCAUUUCUGCUUUAGGGCCUCACACGGGAAAGUUAAAAAAAAAAAAAAAAAAAAAGAAAGAAAAAAGCCUACACUUUUUGGUGCCCACUCCUUCAGUAGCAGUGACAGGUCAGCUCUCUGGAUUUUUUUAAGGCCAGCUGCUAACGGAGUCUUGCAUAUACCAAACUGGGAAAUAGCUACACAGUUAAAUUUUGGUACAUGCUAAAAAAAGCAUCCUGUAAACCCUUUGAGAACAUAAUUACUAAUGGAAAGCAGCUCACUCCAACUGAUCCAUUUAAGACAUCAGCCCUAAUCCCAUUCCAUUCCCUGAAAAUUUGUAGAUUGUAAAGGACUGUAAAUUGCCCUCAGCUAACUGAACUGUCAUUAUUGCCCAGUAACUGUAUUUCUCUGAUGUAUGAACCUCAGUUCCUCAGAAUGCAACAAACAACUCUACUCCUACAAAAACUGAGCUGAAAUACUGAUUUUGGGUGGACUGCAACAGUACUGAUGUCUGGAUGGGUAUUUUUUCAAACCAUCAGCUGCCUGCACACAGGACAAAACCAUAGGUAGAAUUCAAACCAAUGUCCUGGUUUUAACUGGAGUAAACAGUCAUUUGAAGUGUCUUCCCUUUCUGCAACUAGCCUGCUUUUAAAGAAAAUUCCAAACAGACAUAACACACACAAAAAAUCCACACCAAACAAAAAUUCCCAAACAUGGCCUGGUCUUGGCUAUGCUUUACAGUUCCAUAUCCUCAAGAGAUGUGUGGUUAGGGUAGAGAGCUUAAGCUUUUAAUACACUUCAUUCAUGUACUGGCCUUAGACCGUAUUUACAACCUCUGUACUGAAAUAGACACUACAAAAUUGAGCUUUUCAAGUGAACAGGACUGACCAAAGUUAUUACUGAAAGGGUGGUAAAAUGUGGGUAACACCUGGCUGAAGUCUGUCUUAUUGACAGAUCAAGAUUUUCACAAAAUCAAAAUCUCAAGUGUACAAACCAGGAGCUUUAUUGAGUGGAAAGACACAAUAUGGUAUCAAACCUACUCUGGAGCCAGAUGUGACAAAGCCAUUAAGCUGCAUCCUACCUUACUAGUACUCUGUUGAAACAGAAGUCUCUGAAGUUAGACUGAAAACACUUAAAAUCUAACUAGGAAACCACUAUGCUGAUGAUUGUAAACAUAGCUGUUGACAACAGCAAAAACCAGAAAUACCGAAGUGGGAGUGAUCAUUAAAAUACUGUUCCCAUGGCAAAGCUUUUAAGUAGUCUGUAACACUUCAGUGGUAAACUGCAUUUUUGUUGUGUUAAUAAGAGCUUAUCUGCAAGAGGUUAGGAAAGGUCACAUUAAGGGAAAAACACUGUGUAGACUCUAUUCCCAUUAUUCAUGGCAGGAACAUGUACCAAGAAACAUUACCUGCUGGCUGCUCCAAGAUUCACACCUGCUCUGGACAAACAUUCAUCAGCAGUAAAUGCAAGCAGAGUACUCCAUCAAAGUGCAACGCCCAUUGCAUGCUUUUUGCCCAUAGAGGCAUCCGCCCAACAAGAGCUCCCAGAACAGACACAGCAUUCUGCUGAAACAUUACACACACACUUUGAAUGACCACUACAGUACUGCACUGAAAUGCAGCUUUAAAAUUCAUGUUUUAGGUUUUAUUCAAUAGAUUUGGCUUUUUACAACGCCAAAUUUUACAAGCUAAGGAUGUUCCUGCUCAAGAGCUUACAAUCUAGGUUUAGAUGGGGGAACCAGAAGAACAAACUUCAAUGAGGAAAAGAAUGGACAAAGCACUUCAUGAAUAUCAACUUGUCAAUCUUUGUACCGAAACACACAAACACUAAUCAGUUCAUCAUGUGGGAGUCAGAAGUACAGUUCUAAUAAGAAUCUUGAGGACAGAGGUGGCAGAGACCUAUAAAUGAGGCAACAGGACACUCAACACCAGGUUGUAGAGAGAAACUGUUUAUUAAGUAAACCAAAUAGAGAUGGCAGAUGUCACCAGGUAAAGUCUUAUUACUGUAGUGUAUACCUCAUGAAGUACUGCAACUUGACGCCUGCUGCACUAGAACUCCAUGAAGACCACCAGCCACCCAUCUUCAUACAAGAAUGCUCCAAAAUGAACCUCACAGCAGGGGGGAGAGGAGUGCUGGUAACAGCAAUUUUCUACGAUUUUCCCCCAGUUACCCUUUUCCAUACAGUGAAGCAGCAUGGGAGGUCACACAAGCUAGUUUGCGACGAGGUGCCCAAACACUGUUGACCUAAUAUCCAUAGCACUCUAUGGCAAGUCACACAGGUAUUAUUUAUAUUAUUUAUACAAUGUUAAUAAACAAACCAGAUAAACAAACCAGUUCUUGCUCUUUAACUGGAGUAACUCCUGACAAAAUUUCUGUGCAACACAAACCAACAGUAGCUGCAAAGCAAAAACGUGACUGUUAAAAGGGACAGUAUUUCAGGCAAAAUGGAUCAUCACUUAGGCAAACCUUUCAUGUAACACACCUAUGCAUUCCUAGACACACUGAAUGUUAUGGCUGAAUAAACAUUCCUCCCUUGGGUGGAAAAAAAGUAACAGCACUACUGUGGGGGGUUUCACUUGCAUCAUGCACUCUGCUUCAAAGACCAAAUGGAACACUAAACCUACAGAGAAUGCACCGCCCCAGUAUACUCCCAGCAAAUUAUCCUCUACCAAUGAGGCAAAGCUGACAACUGUUUGACAACUCAGAUCCAGUUCUGGGGCUUGGGUUUUCUUCCCCAGAAGCAGUAUGACUUCAUUACCAAGAGAUCAUGUACAUUCAUCAUCAAACUAAAAGAAGACAGGCUUUCCUACACAUAACAAAGUCCAUGUCCUGUUCAUUUUACAGUAUUAACAGCAAUUGUUCACAUUUUCCUGAAAUGUUUUUUAGCACCUGCAGCAGAAUAGAAGUGAAAAAAAUUCAACUUUCAUUGUAAGUAACACAAAGUCUGAGUGGCCUGAACCCUACUAUUGACCUCUUUUCACCAUCACUUUAUAAAUACAAGUCAUACUCGAUUUUUGGGCAUUCUCUGGCUCACAUACCAGUUAGCAACAAGUUACGUUGUUUUUCUUUCUUCCCUCAGUUUGCAGCACAAAGUGUUCGCUGGAGGAAAAGUACUAGUAGUGACAACCUGAUCAUCAGCUGUUAGUACCUAGAAACUCUGUAAUGUUACACUUACUUGGAAGACAAAGUGUGUAGUGACAAAAUCCCACUUGAUAGAAAGUAAAGAUCCAUUGUCUACAAAUUGUUGACCACACAAUACUGCUUUCAUUUGAAGUUGCUAACUUCUAGUAUCAGGUUGACUCAAAACUGUGACUUGUCUCCCACAUUUGUUGGUGACCAUUGUUGACUGUCAUGUGCCUUAACUUUUAAGACCAUACCAAGAGAAAAGUUAUGGAAGUUCAACAGCAGGACAUCAGGAAACUUAAAGACACCAGGUUUUCAAGACUUGAAAUAUCAAGUAAUUUCAUUUUUGCACAGUGCUGUCCCCCCUACACACUCCCUUCCCCUACUGCCACCAGAUCAAAACGAGAACAUCCUCCCUAUUGGAAACAUACUCAAUUCAAGUAAAAUUUAAACCUUAUUGCUACACUACCGAAAUAGUAUUUUAAACAAAAAAAUAAUUAUUGCCCUUUGAAGUAGUUUUGUUAGUUUUUUCAUAAAGGUGUACGAAUGUGGACUUGCCAACUGUGAAGAAAAAACCUCCAUCAACUAAAUCUAAGUUAUGGGAAAAAAGGCAAAUUCUUUAUGAUCUGGUCAUUCUGUUGGGAAAGAAGAAAGUAAAACAGAUCUGUGUGUCUUCAUUUUCUGCUUCCACUGCAGCCCACCGGUUACCUAUUCAAGUAUUUCAAAGUUCAGCUUAAGAAACAGAAAGAAACUUUAUGUGAAUCCUUAAACAGUAUUAUAAAGGUUAAAGACACGAUGAUUCUGCCAAAGCAUAUAAAUUCCAAGUUUUGAAUAAACCAUGCAUGAAGAUAAGUGGUUAAAAUAGUAUAACCUCAAGGUAUCUUCCCUUAAAUACACUCCCAACUGAAGCUUUCUCAAGCUCACACUUGGUGUUUGUUUUAAUGAUUUUGGUUUGGCUGUUUUUGUUUUGGUAUUUUCCUUCCACCCCCGGAUGCAGCUAUGGGUAAUACAGUUUUGCACAGCAGGAAGUCUACAUUCCAGUCAGUAUGUCUGUCUUCAUGCUAAAAGCUGUUGUCCUAUUGCAAUCUGACAAACUUGACUUAGGUCAUAGUUUUGUUAACAGGAAAGUAUGAGGUAAUAUGAAACACACACACAAAAAAAAGCUACUUUUAAGCACUUGUGUCCAACAGCAGAGACAUCAGCACUUUUAAAUUUGCAGCACUGUUUCUCCCAAAAGAGAACAGAUGUCCAUGGUCAGAGAAACAAGUUCCAUGAACACACUUAUCAAACUGAUUCUGUUUUAAAUUCACCUCAAAAAUGGAAUGUUUCAAAUCAUGAAAGUGUCUAAACAUAAACAUUAUUUAAUGUUAGAUACACACUAAGUCUUUAUUAAGCAUUACACUAGAACUACUUCGGUAUAAAAAUACUUUAUUUUAAAGCUAUGAAAGUUAUAAAUAUAUGUAGUUAAACUUUCUACUCACAGAAUGUUUGCUAUUUUAACAUUAGUGAUUUGUUUCUCCUAACGAAUCUGAAUUUUAUUCGAAAGGUUUACAAGACAUUAUUACUGUAAUUUUAAAAACCCAUCAUUACAGGGAGCUGUACUAAUUGUGAUGUUUUAUCAGUAUUCAUUUAACCUCUAGAUUUUUAAUGAAGGCAGCAAAAACAACUAUUUUCUGAUGAUACAGAAUUUCUUAUUUCUUGAAGCGUUUCUGUGGUUGACCACUUCUUCAUUAGUUACCUGCAGCAUGGCACCUUCCUGCCAAAGAAAAAAAAAGUGUAUCUGAAGAUGUUUAUCACAUAUGUCUAAACCAAAUUAUCAAUAGGGGAACUUCAGCCAUUUUUUAAAAAAAAAGUAUAAGCAGUUCACUGGUGUGUCUAACACAAAAGGAACAGGACUUUUGUUAGCUGAGUCCACGUUCUUCAAUGGGUAGCCUUUUAGAGGCAAUGAACUUUGAAAUUAAGGCAUUUUUGGUUGCCUUUUUUUUUUUGGAUAGGUUUUGUUGAUUUUUAUGUAAAACCAAAUCUAGUAGAGUGUGCCACCCUUACUCUGAAUAACUCAUUCAUUACUUGAUACAAUUUCCAUCAAUUUGAGGUGCAAACAUUCAAUGCAGUGAGAGUAAGGCUGACUAAAUUUGGCACUAAGGUUUGUUAGCUGCAAGAACUAUAAAAAAUGGUGGAAACCUCAACAUUCUAGCCAAAUUCCAAUUUACAUAAAUACAUUGUACACUUAUGAAAUACCACCUGCAGUUUCAUUUGAAGGUUUUACUUGCCCUCAUAAAGAACUGCUUAUGCAGCUGUUAAAAGAAUGGACGACACAUUCCUUCACAGAGGCAGAUGUAUUCUGUGGUGAAAUUUUUCCUUACACGUAAACAGUCUAGUUACUUGGGAACCUUCAGGAUGAAAUGUGUUAUAUAGAAUAGAUUACAGCAGACAAGACACGUAACAACAUAGUUCAUCUUCAACAGCACAGAACUACCUUCAUUGCAUUACCUUGCAACCACCAUAAUGCAUAGACUCCCAAGAAAAAAGAAAAUGUUGCAGGAUGCAAAAAUAAAGUUGUAUGAUUUAAUUAACUUGUGACCUACCAUUUUAACUACCAACACCAGGGAUGGAACCCUUGCAAAGCUUUACUAAUGGACACUUGCAGGUCUCAUUUGUUCAACUGUAGCAGUGUACAGUGGCAGCAGUCUAUGCUUGUCCAGGGUUCAUAUCAUAGCUAGAUUCCAGUAGGAAAAAAAUAUGUUAAGUAUCUGAAAUUAACAAUUUUUUUUGUAAAAAAUAAUUUAAUAAUACAGUAAAACAGGAUUUACAAGUUUCUUUUCAAUUUGUAAUUGUUAAUUCAAUUCAUUGCUAUAUGUUAAACUACAUAAUGAUAAUCACUAUACUGAAAGAAUACUGUCAUACAUUAUUAAUUUCUUGGUUUUGAAACAUUUAGAAAGGAAAAGUAAAUAAGAUCUUACCUAAAGAAGUUUAACUGAAGCUUAGAACUAUUUUGCUCUACACCCUCAGCCUUCGUUGCCAUCCUUAUAAACAAUCUACCGCAGUUAAAGCUUUGCAGAGAUACAGCACAGCUUUUUAAGACUGGCUGAACUUUUAGUGACGUUUUCAAGAGUUCUCUUGUACUAGACCUGCGUCCCUGGAAGAGAACCUUGCAGGGGCUUUUUCCUUUCCUUGCCAUUGAAGAAGCAGCAUCUAAAAAAUCUAAAAAGGUGUUUCUCCUUGCAGAGAUACCCCUUAAGUUACCUAGAUAUUUUAAACCUGGUAAUUUACAGACAACAUACUUUUUCUCACCAGCAUUAAAUUUUACACGUACAACAAUAGCUUUGUAUUAUUUGUGGGACCUUAUACUACCCACUCCUUGCCUUAUUUUACAGUAUUAAAAAAAAAAUCUAAAAUUACACAAUAUUUCCUUUAGAAUUAUUUUAUUAAAAUCAUCAAUGUACAACAGCUUCUUAACUCUACACACGCACUUAAAUUUUUAAAAGGAAAACGUUAUGUCUUAUUACACCAUGAUCCUGGCUAAAAGCUUUUCAAAACUUUGAGAAAAAUCUUAAAAAAGGUUUCACAUGUCACCUGAAACUUACAAAUUUAACAUUAUCAAAGGAAUGCUUCUACACUUACAAAGACCACUAGAAAGAAACAACAAUUAAAAAGCUAAGAAACUGUCUCAAAGGCAUUUUUACAAUCCUUCCUCCACAGUAAGGUAAUGUUAUUAAAUAAUCCAAAUCCAUUCACAAAAUGGCUCUCUGCAUCUGCUCUGGUGUCUUCUGCCAUAUCACUGCAUAUUUAUGCAUGACUGAGAUAAGUGUUUCCUUAACAUUGUUAUUUCGAUAACCUGAAGCUGUUCUGUUACCUCUGGGCUCUCAUCCUCUCCUAUUUAUACAGUGAAGCCUGUUUCAACAGAAGUAAAGAGUAAAAAAAUAGGUUAUGAAAUUAUUCAUCUAACCAUUUUUUAAAGGAAAGAUAAUAUCCUAAAAAGCUUUUAACUCCUGCAGCUACUCUCAAGAAUCACUGCAAUUUUAACAUUUAAAAACAUACUUACCCAUGGCAUGCUUGAAGAAACUCAGUAACGGCUCCU